UCCAGGGCUUGCUCCCACUGGGGCUGUUUUUCACACCAGCUCAGGCUCUUUAUCAGCCUGGGAUGUGCUCAGCUACUCCCCUGCCUGACUCAGCUCAGCUGGAGCCCGGGAGCAGUUUUUGAACGAGCCACUCAGAGCACCAGCAGCAGGACCAGGAGCUCAGCCAGGCAGGGCACAGCCCCAGGGGGAGGUUUCACCCCCACCCCGAGCCUGCUGCACAACAGCCUCUUGGCAAGAGCUUGGGAGGCAGCUGGUCGAGUCCUGCUGCUAGAGCAGAGAAGUCCAAGCUUUGUGCUGUGAACAGCUCAUCACUGCCACGAUGACAUCUCCAAGCUCAGCCCAGCAUCCAGCAGCAGACAGUGCCUGCAGACUCACUCUUGGACAAGGGAACCAGCUGCGACCCAAACAGCCACUGCUGAAGAUUUUGCAAGCUGCAGGUGCCCAAGGUGAAACCUUCACUCUGAAAGAGGUCAUGCAUUACCUAGGCCAGUACAUCAUGGUGAGGCAGCUGUAUGACAAAAGGCAGCAGCACAUGGUCCACUGUGGAGGAGAUCAGCUGGGAGAUCUGCUGGGGCUGGAGAGCUUCUCUGUCAAAGAUCCAAGCCCAGUCUAUGACAUGUUGAAAAGGAACCUGACUUCUGCUGCCCUGACAGAUGCUGCAGAGACUCUCCCAAAGGAGCAGAGCGUCGAUAGGCCAAGCCAAGACCAGCUGAAGUUUAGCCAGCAAGAAGGAGGUUCCAUGGCUGGGAUCAUGGAGGGGGAGAGCACUGCUGCUGCUUUGUCUACCUCAGAGCAAAACUGUGAGCGUUGUGAAGACAAAGACUUGCUAGAAAACCUCUCUAAAAGCAAGAAGCCUAAGCUGGACCUGGUGUUUGAGGAGUGGGAUGUGGCUGGACUGCCCUGGUGGUUUUUAGGCAACCUCAGAAGCAAUUACAAGUCCAGAAGUAAUGGAUCCACAGACAUCCAGACCAACCAGGACAUAGACACUGCCAUUGUUUCAGAUACUACUGAUGAUCUUUGGUUCCUCAACGAGUGCCCAGCAGAGCAGAGCAGUGCUGCAGUCAAGGUGGAAGCUGUUGACUGUGAGGAAGUGAAAGAAGGUGACAAAAAGGUGCCUGAGGAAGCCUGUUGGCAUGACCUGGAGGAUUCUCAGUGCCUGAGUGAUGACACAGACACAGAAGCUGCUUCUGAGGACUGCUGGCAGUGCACCAAGUGCAAGAAGUUCAACUCCCCAGGCAAAAGGUACUGCUACCGCUGCUGGGCCCUGCGCAAGGACUGGUACUCAGACUGUCCCAGGCUGCCUCAUUCCCUUUCUCUCUCUGACAUUGAUGCUAUGCAAAAGAAAACUGAGGAGGAUGACGAUGAAGGCAUUGAUGUCCCAGACUGCAGAAGGACGAUUUCAGCUCCAGUUGGCCAACCCAAGGACCUGUACGUGGUAGAGACUAAAUCCCGCGUGGGUGCCUGCAGCUCUCUGGAGUCGUUGGACUUGGCAGGAGGCUGUGAGAGCAAGGAGGAGGCCUUGCUGCACAAAAAGGAGGAGGAGAUGCAGUCUUUAGAGAGCAUCAAAACGUUACUCAAUCCUUGCUUCUUGUGCCAGCACAGACCGAGGGAUGGGAACAUUGUCCACGGCAGGACUGCUCACCUCGUGGCCUGCUUCAGGUGUGCCAAGAUGCUGAAGAAGAAGAGGUCUCCGUGCCCGGUGUGCAGGAAGGAGAUCGAGUUGGUGAUCAGGAUCUUUAUGGGGUAGCUGUGCCCCUCCAGGCCUCUCUGCACCUCAGCUGUUUCUUGCACUCGCACAGACCCUGACUGCAGAGCCCAGGCAGGGAAUACCAAAGGGAAUGAAGGUUCAGAUCUGUCCCAGGACCAGGGAGGGAUGCUCUGCACUCACUCUGAGGGGUGCUGUGCACUCACUCUGAAGGGUGCUGUGCACUCACUCUGAGGGGUGCUGUGCACUCACUCUGAGGGGUGCUCUGCACUCACUCUGAGGGGUGCUGUGCAUUCACUCUGAAGGGUGCUGUGCACUCACACUGAGGGGUGCUCUGCACUCACUCUGAGGGGUGCUGUGCACUCACUCUGAAGGGUGCUGUGCACUCACACUGAGGGGUGCUCUGCACUCACUCUUAGGGGUGCUCUGCAUUCACUCUGAGGGGUGCUGUGCACUCACUCUGAGGGGUGCUGUGCAUUCAGGGGUGCUCUGCACUCACUGAGGGGUGCUGUGUAUUCAGGGGUGCUCUGCACUCACACUGAGGGGUGCUCUGCACUCACACUGAGGGGUGCUCUGCACUCACUGUGAGGGAUGCUCUGCAUUCAGGGGUGCUGUGCAUUCACUCUGAGGGGUGCUGUGCAUUCACUCUCAGGGGUGCUCUGCAUUCAGGGGUGCUGUGCAUUCACUCUGAGGGGUGCUGUGCAUUCACUCUGAGGGGUGCUCUGCAUUCAGGGGUGCUGUGCAUUCACUGUGAGGGGUGCUCUGCACUCACACUGAGGGGUGGUCUGCAUUCAGGGGUGCUCUGCGCUCACACUGAGGGGUGCUCUGGAUUCAGGGGUGCUGUGCAUUCACACUGAGGGGUGCUCUGCACUCACACUGAGGGGUGCUCUGCACUCACACUGAGGGGUGCUCUGCGUUCAGGGGUGCUCUGCACUCACUCUGAGGGGUGCUCUGCAUUCAGGGGUGCUGUGCAUUCACUGUGAGGGCUCCUCUGUGUUAACUGAAGCAGCAUUCACUGGUGGGUGUCUCCUGGAGGGAGCAGGGAGUGACCAGCAGCAGGUUGCUCUCUGUUGCUGCAGCUUUGGAAUUGUCUGAGUCUUCUGCUCUCAGCUUUGGUGCUGCCAGCAGAAUUCUCUGUUCUGACAACUGCUCCUUGAAGAGGAGAAAAAAAAAGAAACCUUUUGGAAAGGAACUUUUGGCUGCUGGAGUGGUCUUCUCCUGCCAGUUCAACCCUGUGCAAUGCCUCCUAAGGGAGGAAUCUGCAUCUUGAGAUGAGAGAUAGGAGGGUUGGGGGGGGUGGGGGAGAAAACAAAGACUGAGUGGAAGGCAAAUAGAGAAGCCUGAUCCAAGGAUCAGUUCUCCUGAGGGCAGUGGGAUGCAGGGAAUCUGCUGUCUGAUUUCUGGGUGGUUGCUGUUGUUGUUUAAUGUGGGUUUGUUCAAUGAAGUGAAGAUCUUUUGGCUCCCAGACCCCCAAUCAGCUCCUGCCAACCUUUUCCUCUGUGGCUAUCUCUGGUCACACAGCAGAUGGCAAAAGCAACCUGUUGGGUGUUAAAAGACUUUGUUGUUGGA